AGGAAGGACAGGGCUGGAUAGAUCCACACCUGGGGAAGUUGUCAGAGUUUACCUCAUCACAGGCAGGCUGUGUGGAGAAAACAGGUUGACCUCAAACUCCUGUGCUCCAACACUGAACUCCGAAAUACCGAGGACUACAGCUUUGCCACCACCACCACCAGUAUCGAGGAUGCUGAGCUGUGAGGGCCGGGGCCCGGGAAGGGAUGGUUGUAAGAGGGGCUGUGGCAGCUGUCAGGCCAUGAAUGUGGCCAACCCUCAGCUCAGCGCCGUGUGCUUAUGGACCAGGUUCACAUCAGCAGUCAUGAGCAAAGGUGACAACUACAACUGCACGGAUCCACCAGUGUUGGGAUUCCCCUCCAUAAGCCAGGCUUGGGGAUUGUGGGCCCUCUUAGGGGUUGUGACACUCCUGCUUCUCAUCUCACUGGCUGUUCUCUUCUUCCAAUGGGCCAGUGGCAGGAACAGAAGCCAGCCAGGGCAGGGACGCUCUGGAGGGUCUGUGGAAGAGGUGCCCCUGUAUGGGAACCUGCACUAUCUACAGACAGGACGGCUGUCACAAGAGCCAGGGCCAGGCCAACAGGAUCCAUCCUCUGGAGGCUCUGCCAAGGUUAUGGAGGAGGUCAUGUGCUACACCAGCCUGCAGCUGCCGCCUCCUCAAGGCCGGAUUCCCAGCCCUGGGACUCCCAUCAAGUACUCCGAGGUGGUGGUAGACUCUGAAUCAAAGCCCCAGGCGGCAGACACCGAGCCGGAGCUCUAUGCCUCAGUAUGUGCCCAGGCCCGCAGAGCCCGGGCCUCCUUCCCGGAUCAGGCUUAUGCCAACAGCCAGCCUGUGCCCAGCUGAGGAGGGCCUGGCAUGGGGGGGCAUAUGCGUGGCCUGCCUCCCCCAUUAGAGAGGCUCCUGGUGCCAUGUUUGGAGGAUGCCUGUUUCCCAGCCACCCCGCAGGACAGCAAUCCAUUGCCCAGUCAGAGGUGAUGAUCUACCCAAAACUUCCUAUGUAAGUUGUGAGGGAAACAUCUCAGGGUAUGGCCAUCCUCUCCCUGGCUUCCAGAGGAUGGAGGCAGCAAAGGGAGCGGCCCUAUCUCCACUUUUCUUUUCUACUUAUUUGUCUCAGCCCCAAACUCCUAGGGUCUCACUUCUUCCUCCUGAAAUUUAACCAUAUCCUCCCCACCCCCUCCCCCAGAGCCUACUCUCACCUUAGGCACCGGAAGUGGGCAGCCACCAGGGAGGAGUAAGAACCUGAGAGGAUGUGGGUGGGUAUCAUCCUUGGGAGCCCACAGACUGGAAGGGUCUUAAGGACCUGUAGACCUGAGCAACCCAAGCCUGGCUUCUGACCUGAGGACGCGGCAGGAAAAUACAGUCUCCAUGCUGGUUUCUCUGUCAUGUCUCCUACUUUUCAAAUAAAACUUCAACUUGUGUUCAGAUUAUUAUCUAGAAGGCUGUAGACC